CCUGCAAAGCAAAGUGCACAUUUAUACGUACUUGGAUUUUCCAUCAGCCACAGUUAUGGACCUCAACUGAAACUUGCUUUCCAACUUAAACACUACAACUACUUCUUUAACUCUUCAAUAGUUCAACCCUACAAAAAGAAAGAAAUUAAUUUCCAGAAAGUUACACAAAAAGAAGGAAGAAAUGCUUGAAACGAUCAAGUACCUAAUGGGCUCCGCCGGCCCGAGUGGGUUCGGCUCCAACUCCACCGCCGACCAAGUCACUGACCACUGUCCUGAUCUUCGCUCCAUCACGGCCAUCAUCACAGGUGCGACGUCUGGGAUUGGGGCUGAGACGGCUAAGGUGCUGGCUAAGCGGGGCGCACGGCUUGUCUUGCCGGCACGGAACCUUAAAGCCGCCGAGGAUACUAAGGCUCGCAUUGUUUCGGAGUUUCCACAGUCGGAAGUUAUCAUUAUGGCUCUUGAUCUUAGCUCUCUCGACUCUGUACGAAGAUUUGCUUCUGAGUUUGAGUCUCUCAAUUUGCCUCUCAAUCUCCUCAUAAACAAUGCCGGAAAAUUCUCGUACAAUCACAGCAUUACUGAGGAUGGGAUUGAAACGAGUUUUGCUACUAAUUAUCUUGGUCAUUUUCUGUUGACGAAGUUAUUGCUGAGCAAUAUGAUCAAAACGGCAAAAACAACUGGCGUUCAAGGAAGAAUCGUGAAUGUUUCAUCGAACAUUCAUAGCUGGUUUUCGGGGGAUUUUAUUAGUUAUCUUUGUUUCAUAACGAAGAAUAAAUGUGAAUACGAUGGCACACGUGCUUAUGCUCUGUCGAAGUUGGCUAACGUUUUGCAUACCAAGGAACUUGCCUACAGACUCAAGGAAAUGGAUGCAAACGUGACAAUAAAUUGUGUUCAUCCGGGGGUCGUGAGAACUAGACUCACUAGAGAUUGCGAAGGCUUCAUUACUGAUCUUGUGUUCUUUUUGGCUUCAAAAUUUUUGAAGACGAUUCCUCAGGCAGCUGCUACGACUUGCUAUGUUGCUACACAUCCGAGACUCGUAAAUGUGAGUGGAAAAUACUUUUCGGAUUGUAAUGAAGCUUUAACCUCCAAGCUAGGAUCCAAUACGACGGAGGCUGCAAAGUUAUGGAUUGCAUCAGAAAUCAUGGUUAAUUUCAAGGGCAUCAAAGACACCUUAUCCCUUGGAUUAAGCCAUAUUAAAUAAAAUAAAUAAAAAACAUAUAUAUAUUUAUACAAAUAUAGUUUUAGCAAAGAUAAAUUUAUACAUAUAUAUUAUAAUGUCUCGAGUAGUUAGUAACUGCGAAGUUUCUACUAGUGCGACAAGAAAAGGUAUUUGUAUGUAAUAAUAAGUAUGAUUGUGUUUUUUAUUUAAUUUUAACACCGAAUGGA